AGGGUCGACGGUCUACACACGUGCUUCCCGCGGGGCUGUCGGCGGCAGCUGACUUUCUCACAGGCUGCAUGUCAUUACGGAGCUAUGCGUAACACAAACAAUUCCUCGCUCCCAGAGUGUUUAUCUCGUGGCACAGAGCACGGUGUGCCCACACAUCAAAGUCGGAGGGAACAGACGCUGCUCAGCGGCAGCAGCUGCGCUCGGAUCCUGUCCACACCCUUCCUGUUUGCCGCGGUUUACCUUGGGGCUGUUAUUUUCCCAACAGAGCGACGAUAACCCCCCUCUGCCUCACUCCCUUCACCGGCUUCAACAGCACCACCGACCGCUGCGGACACCGCAGCAGCAGCCGCCGCCGCUCGCAUUCUCCAGCUCUGGGUCAAAACCCUCAUAACGCUGUUUCCUCAGUCAGAAUGGCCCAUGUAGUUUUCUCUGUGUGAGAGAGGCCGAUUGAGUCUCCAGCUGCCAUCACACAAAAACAUCUUCACAGACGUGCGGCAGCAGCAACCAUGUUUAUAUUCUGGCAGAUGGGAUGGCAAGCCAAUCAGCAUAAUGUAUUUCUUGGGCACCAGUGAGAUCAACUAAUGGAACAGGAGGCACAUAUAGCCAACUUUGUGGGAAAGACAGCGUCAGAGUAUCUGGGAACUGUCAUGGACACCUCUCCCUCUACGUUUCUCCUGGUGUGAAUGUAGCAAGAUUCCUGCAGCUGAUCGCGGCGGCUCUUCUGAUGACAGGUUGAAUUGUAAACGAAGACUUGCAAUGAUCUACAAGCACUUCUGUGGCAAGUUUGAGCAUUCGGAUCAAAUUUUCAGAAGGUCACACCUGGGAGAGCUGCAGCCUGCCCUGGGCUAUGAGAGGCUGUUGACAGCUUGAUUGGAGCUAUCUGUGGUGAGGACUGGAUCUGGUGCAGGGUGUUAAAGGCAAUGGGUGAUGCAGAAACCCUUCAGCAGUACAGAGGACGUGGGCGUGAAUGCGAGACUGAGGCUCCAGCGGUUCGUGGGAAAGACGCUCAGAGUGUUUGGUGAUUGUACCUGUGCGCACGGCAUCAUGAAGCGGCCUUGUGAGGACAGCACGUCCGACAGCGACAUGGAUGAAACUAUUGAUGUGGGCAGCGAGAAUAACUACUCGGGUCAAAGCAACGGUUCAUUUAUAAGAUGUGGCUCACCUACCACUACAUCCCAAGUCAUGGCCAGAAAGAAGCGGAGAGGGAUCAUUGAGAAAAGACGAAGGGACCGAAUCAAUAAUAGUUUAUCAGAGUUACGUCGUCUGGUGCCAACGGCAUUUGAGAAACAGGGAUCUGCCAAGUUAGAGAAAGCGGAAAUAUUGCAGAUGACAGUGGAUCACUUGAAGAUGCUCCAGGCCACGGGAGGAAAAGGAUAUUUUGAUGCUCAUUCUCUGGCCAUGGACUUCAUGAGCAUCGGCUUUCGGGAGUGUCUAACUGAAGCGGCGAGGUAUUUGAGCUCUGUGGAAGGUCUGGACUCCAGUGACCCCCUCCGCGUCCGCUUGGUUUCUCACCUCAGCAGCUGCGCCUCGCAGAGGGAAGCGGCCGCCAUGACCACAUCCAUAGCCCAUCACCAGCAGGCCCUCCACCCACAUCACUGGGCCGCCGCUUUGCAUCCUAUCCCCACUGCGUUUCUGCAGCAGAGCGGACUUCCAUCCUCAGAAAGUUCCUCUAGCAGGCUGUCUGAGGUUCCUCAGAGGGGUGCAGCCCUACUGACCUCCUCCUUCACCCACAGUGACUCCGCACUCAGAGCGCCCUCUACAGGCAGCGUCGCUCCUUGUGUACCCCCGCUAUCCACCUCGCUGCUUUCAAUAUCGGCAACCGUUCACGCAGCGGCCGCCGCAGCUGCGGCGCAAACCUUCCCUCUAUCAUUUCCCGGAGGAUUCCCGCUCUUCAGCCCCAGUGUAACAGCAUCUUCAGUGGCUUCUUCCGCCGUGAGCUCUUCCGUUUCCACAUCCACCACAUCCCAACAGAGCAGCGGGAACAGCGGAAGCAGCAGUAAACCAUAUCGACCAUGGGGGACUGAAGUGGGAGCGUUUUAAGUGUUGGAUUUGCUCUUGUUGCAUCUGGACGUCUUCCACACUUUGUACAUAAAGGAAAGAAAACAGCUAUUGUGCCUGCUUUGGUCAGCACCAUGGGCUUUUUUUCUCUACACUUCUCGUGCACAUAUGCGACAAGCAACAAGCCAGGGAAAGAAAGACAGACUUUUACACAUCACAAUGCGUGGACACCCAUAAGGAUGAAGAGUGAUUGUCAUUUUUAAAGAAAAUUACUUUUUUUAACUUUGUGGGCUGCGCUGUGGGACAGUGCCUGCGUAAACACUGCUAAAAUGCUGCAUUUGAUAUCUAUGCUUUGAUAUUUCACAAUAGAAAAGCAUAUUGUCUGAUUUUCACAAACACACACACAGUAGCUUUAGAGUUUAAAAAAACCUGCUUGUUCAAAAACAAACCAAAGGUUUUGCAGAUAAUCACUAAAGUGAGGUGUGAAUCAGUUGUGUAAUCUAUGAUUUAACAAUCCAGUUUGUAAAUCUGUAUAUGUGUAAGAUUGUAACUAGAGUUUAUAUUGAAAUUAGACAGAUGAGUUAAUUGGUAUGAUGCACUUCAAUCACUACUGUUUUUUUUUUUUGGGGGGGGGGGGGGGGGGGGUUUGUCCACUUUACAAAAUAGGCCUACUGAAAUUUUUUAAAAUAACAUUCACUAAUGCUCAUAUGUGAGAUUUUCUACUACUGUAACUUUGUUACCUUUUUAAUAACCCUACCACGCUCUGUAAGAUGUAACCUUUUUCUAUGCAAAAAAGAAAAAAACAGAUGUCCAUGAAGAAACUGA